AUGGCUCCCAAAAAGAAGGCAAACAAGGGGGCCAAGGAGCCCGACGGCAAGAAAAAAGGUGGCAAGAAGGACCCGACCAUGGCCUUGGACAAGGCCUUAGCCGAGGAGAUCCGGGAGUUCUACCACGUCCAGAUCCGGGACCUGGAGGACAGGGUGGCGCGGUACCAGCACAAGUGGGAUGAGCUGGCCGUACAGGAGAAGCUGUUCCACCAGGAGUUUGAGCAGCUGGCCAACAACAAAAAGGAGAUCGUGGCCUUUCUCAAGCGCACGCUCAACCAGCGGGUGGAUGAGAUCACCGACCUCAACGAGCAGCUCCAGAGCCUGCAGCUGGCCAAGGAGAUGGAGAAGGACGCCUUUGAGGCACAGCUGGCCCAGGUGCGCCAUGAGUUCCAGGAGACCAAGGACCAGCUCACCACGGAGAACAUCAUCAUUGGGGGGAAGCUGGCAGCCCUGGAGGAGUUCCGGCUGCAGAAAGAGGAGCUCAUGGAGAAGUUCACAUCGCUGGAGGACCAGCUGCGGAAGCAGGAGAAAGAAUACAAGGACUACGUGUACAACCUGGAGAAGAAGUCGGUGCUGGACAAGGACAGAGUGAAGAAGGAGAUCAUUCAGCGUGUCAACACGGUGGCCACUGACUUCCGCAAGGUGGCCACGAGCCAGAUGUGGGACACAACAAAGCGGGCCAUCCUGGAGAACAACACUGUGACCCUGCAGCUGUCCAAGGUGUCCCAGCACGGCAUACAGCUGCUACGCGAGAAUGACCAGCUCAGAGGCACCCAGGACAGCCUGGGCAAGCAGCUGGAGCUGCUCAAGAACGACAAGAAGGCCAUGGCCAAGCACAGCAGAGGCCACCGGAAGCUCAUCCUCAUGCUGACUGAGAAGUGCCACCAGCAGCAGCAGAGCAGAGCGGAGGCUGAACAGCUGCGCCUCCUGCUGAGCCAACUGGAGCAGAACAUCCUGCAGCUGCAGAAAGACAAGGAUGAGCUGAGGAGCCAGAGAGACCAGCUGAACCUGAGGCUGGAGCAUCAGCAGGCAGAGUCGCAGCGGCUACAGCAGGAGCUGACCGAAGAGCAGAAGGUUCGGGCAAGCCUGGUGACAACCCUGGCCCAGGCCACCACCUUCCUAGAGGACAUUCUGCAGAUGCCCCUGGAGGAAGAGGACGACAGCGUUUACGUAGUGUUCCAGCUGCAGCGCAAGGAGAUGCUGCAGCAGCUGCUGGCCAUGCUCAGCUCGGCCUUGGUCCUACGUCCCCAGACGGUUGCGCCUCCCUGCUGGGAGAUCCAGCCCCGUGCCCCUCCCCGCAGCCAGUUCAGCACCCAGCCGUCCAAGACUGGGUCUCUGCUGCAACAGCUGUCCAGCAUCAUGCCCUACCAGCUGGGAGGCCUGGGCCUGGUGCCUCGACCGGCCAACAUCCCACCCAACCCUGAGGACCUCAGGCUGCUCUCACAUGCCAGCCGUAUGAGAACAUUCCAUGCACACAGCAGCUCUGAGAUCGACAGCCCUGGUUUUCCAAAAAAGGUCAAGAAGUUUAGUCUUCCUGAAGUUUCCCUACUUUCCAAGUAA